UGAUAAUUUCGAAAUUUGCUUUAGUGAAGAUACAAAAAUGGCGGUGACGAUUUCGACGAAUACUUUCGUAAAUGCAUCUUUUUUAGAUGAAAGUCGGAAUUUUUUCUGGAAACCAUUGUUCCCUCAGCCUUCCUAUAACUGCCGACGAGUCGUUCGUCUGAAUUCGAGGAAAUCGAAGACUAAGGUAAUGUUCUGCUUGAAUUUGAACACGAAGGAGGUUGGGAUGCAAACGUCGGGUGAUAAAGGUUUUGAAUUCAAACCCAGUUUUGAUCAGUACUUGCAAAUCAUGGAAUCGGUUAAAACAGCGAGGAAGAAGAAGAAAUUCGACAGAUUUAAAGUAGAGGAUGAUGAUGGUGGAGUUGGAAAUAGUGAUAGUGUUGAUUCGGAAGUGAAAGACGGUGUUUCCUCGAGGCGAUUAGGAUUGGAUAAAGAUGUGAAGAUUAAGAGUGGUGAGGCAAAAGAUGAAAGUUUCAGGAGGAGAUACACAAGGCAGGAGAUUGUAAGUGAUAAACGUAAUGUGAGAGGUGUCAAUAGGAGUGCAGAAAUUGGAAUUCAGAGAAUAAACAAAGAUGUGAAAUGGAGUAAGAGUGGUGAGUCUUCAGUGACUGUGCAAGAAGAUGAGAGCUUUAGGAGAAGCUACUCGAAGCAGGAGCAUCACCGUUCCUCUGAAACAUCGAGAGGUUCCAAAGUUGAUGAAUUGGAUCUUGUUGUUGAAGAAAGGAGAUUUCCGAGAAUAGCCAAAGAUGCAAGAUGGAGUAAGAGUGGUGAAUCUUUAGUGACUUUGUCAGAAGAUGAGAGUUUCAGGAGACGGAAUCCGAAGCAGGAGAUGGUGAGGUAUCAGCGUGUCUCUGAUACACCGAGAGGGAUUGAGAGAGGUUCCAAAGGAUAUGGAUUGGAUCUCCUUGCUGAAGAAAGGCGAAUUGAGAGAUUAGCUAACGAGAGGCAUGAGAUAAGAAGUAGCAAAUUGAGUGGAACCAGGAGAAUUGGUGCUAAGAGAAAUGAUGAUGAUGAUGAUAGCUUGUUUGCCAUGGAAACUCCUGCCUUUAGGUUUUCUGAUGAGUCCAGUGACAUAGUGGACAAGCCUGCUACUUCACGAGUCGAAAUGGAAGAUAGAAUCGAGAAGUUAGCAAAAGUGUUGAAUGGUGCAGACAUCAAUAUGCCUGAGUGGCAGUUUUCCAAGGCGAUCCGGAGUGCAAAAAUCAGAUACACAGAUUACACCGUAAUGAGACUGAUCCACUUUCUAGGGAAACUAGGAAACUGGAGACGAGUUCUUCAAGUCAUCGAGUGGCUUCAAAGGCAAGACCGUUACAAAUCGAACAAGCUAAGAAUCAUCUAUACAACUGCACUAAACGUUCUUGGUAAAUCAAGGAGGCCUGUGGAAGCCCUCAAUGUAUUCCACGCUAUGCUGUUACAAAUUUCAUCAUAUCCAGAUAUGGUAGCAUACCGUUCAAUUGCAGUCACACUUGGACAAGCUGGGCAUAUCAAGGAACUCUUCCAUGUGAUUGAUACAAUGCGAUCUCCACCUAAAAAGAAGUUCAAGCCAACAACACUUGAAAAAUGGGAUCCCCGGCUUGAACCAGAUGUUGUUGUUUAUAAUGCAGUGCUCAACGCAUGUGUUCAACGAAAGCAAUGGGAAGGAGCAUUCUGGGUAUUGCAACAGUUGAAGCAACGUGGGCAAAAACCUUCUCCUGUAACCUAUGGUCUUGUCAUGGAGGUGAUGUUAGCAUGUGAGAAGUACAAUUUAGUUCAUGAAUUCUUCAGGAAGAUGCAGAAAUCUUCUAUCCCUAAUGCUCUAGCAUAUAGAGUUCUUGUUAAUACUCUUUGGAAAGAAGGUAAAAGCGAUGAGGCCAUACAUACGGUUGAGGAUAUGGAAAGCCGUGGUAUUGUUGGAUCAGCUGCUCUUUACUACGACCUUGCUCGCUGUCUUUGUAGCGCAGGAAGGUGUAAUGAAGCUCUCAAUAUGCUUAAUAAGAUAUGUAGAGUUGCAAAUAAACCUCUCGUGGUGACUUACACUGGCCUGAUCCAAGCAUGCCUCGACUCGGGAAACAUCAAGAAUGCAGCUUACAUCUUCGAUCACAUGAAGAAGGUCUGCAGCCCGAACUUGGUCACUUGCAACAUAAUGAUAAAAGCUUAUUUACAAGGUGGGUUCUUUGAAGAAGCAAGGGAACUUUUCCAGAAGAUGUCCGAAGAUGGAAAUCAUAUAAAAAUCAGCUCGGAUUUCGAAUCAAGAGUAUUGCCAGACAUGUACACGUUUAACACGAUGCUAGACGUGUGUGCUGAACAAAAAAAGUGGGAUGAUUUUGGUUAUGCGUAUCGGGAGAUGUUGCAUCAUGGAUACCAUUUCAAUGCGAAACGGCAUCUCAGAAUGGUACUUGAAGCUAGCAGAGCAGGAAAGGAGGAAGUGAUGGAAGCGACAUGGGAACACAUGAGACGAAGUAAUAGAAUUCCGCCAUCGCCUCUAAUCAAAGAAAGAUUCUUCAGGAAACUCGAGAAAGGCGAUCAUAUUUCGGCUAUCUCGUCUCUUGCUGAUCUUGAUGGAAAAAUUGAGGAGACUGAGUUACGAGCAUUUUCGACUUCCGCAUGGUCCAGGGUCUUGUCCCAAUUCGAGCAAGAUUCAGUUUUGAGGUUAAUGGACGAUGUGAAGAGACGCGUGGGUUCAAGAAAUGAGUCUUCGGAUUCGGUUUUGGGGAAUCUAUUGAGUUCUUGUAAAGAGUUUCUCAAGAACAGAACACAAGGCGUUGUAAGUUAAGUAUUGCGAAUCUAAAGUUAAAAAGCAAAGGCUGUAAUGUUCUGAUUCCUUAUAAAUAGAAAAUAAUUAGAAGAAGGGUAAUAUAA